CCUGAUCAUUGUAUUAUGGAUAAUGUAUGCUAUGGUAAUGGUACGAUAUAUAAUACCGGUAACAGAGAAUUUGUAUGUAAAGCUGAUGGUAUUUCUAAGGCUUGGCAUCCACUUAUUAAUGGAACUGUUACAGAUAAUGGUAUGGUAGAAGAUGAAAUUGAUGCUGUUGCAAUUGGUAUAUCAGUAGCAGUAGUUGUGGUUAUCAUUAUAGUUGUUUCACUUAUCAUCGUGUGUGUGCGGAAAAGGAGGAAUUCAAAAAAGCCCUAUGAUGUCCCCUCACCAGCUACAAAUCCGGCGUUUGAUUCAAGAGGUGAAGUUCGCACCGACAAUACUUAUGAUUCGAUGACUGUUGAUCAGAACAAUCACAUUUAUACGGAAAUAACUGAAUAAAUGAAUAAAACUAUUACCAGGAGGAAUUCAAAAAAGCCCUAUGAUGUCCCCUCACCAGCUACAAAUCCGGCGUUUGAUUCAAGAGGUGAAGUUCGCACCGACAAUACUUAUGAUUCGAUGACUGUUGAUCAGAACAAUCACAUUUAUACGGAAAUAACUGAAUAAAUGAAUAAAACUAUUACCAGGUCUGUUUAGCUGACAACUUUUUCUUAUUUACAUUUUGUUAUGAAUAGCAUUCUACACUGUUAAUUUACUCGUUGCAGUACAUAGUUUAUAUCCGUUACUCGGUUAAUUUGCGCUUACGCCCCCUUUUUAGCUCGAAGCUGUGCACAAAUAUAUAAAUUGCUUGUUAAUUUGCACUCAUUUUCUUACGCACAAAGUAAAUCAUAAUUUCUAUAAGUAUCUCUGUUUAUUUGCGCUGAUGUGCCUAAGCUCGAAGCUGUAAAUAUUUUUUUUUAUUAUACGUAAAUCUUUUAAUUAACACUAAAUUUAUUUGACCGUUUUAAUAAAAUUAUUCAU